AUGAAUGAGACUACAGUGGGCAAUGCGAGCGGCAACGCGUCGUCUCUGCGGCUCCAAGACUGGUGGUGGGAGCUGGGGCUGGAGUUGCCAGACCGCUGGGGCAGCGGCGAGGGCCUGCGGAUCCUCAUCAUCGUGGUCUAUUCCGUGGUUUGCGCUGUGGGGCUGGCGGGCAACCUGCUGGUGCUCUACCUGAUGAAAAGCAAGCAGGGCUGGCGCAAGUCCUCCAUCAACUUCUUCGUCACCAACCUGGCGCUGACCGAUUUCUUAUUCGUGCUCACCCUGCCCGUCUGGGCGGUGGAGAGUGCGCUGGACUUCAAGUGGCCCUUUGGCACGGCCAUGUGCAAGAUUGUGUCCAUCAUGUCCUCUCUGAACAUGUACGCCAGCGUCUUCUUCCUGACCUCCAUGAGCGUGGCGCGCUACUACUCCGUGGCUUCCGCCCUCAAGAGCCAGCGGACCCGAGGCCACGGCCGGAUUGCCUGCUGCGGCCGCAGCGUGCGAGGCAGCUGCUGCUUCUCGACCAAGGCGUUGUGUGUGUUGAUCUGGGCCUCGGCUACGCUGGCCUCGCUGCCCAACGGCAUCUUCGCCUCCACGACCAAGGUGCUGGGCGAAGAGCUCUGCCUGGUGCGCUUCCCUGACCAGCGGCGGCCAGGAGAUGGGCAGUUCUGGCUGGGCCUCUACCACACGCAGAAGGUGCUGCUGGGCUUCGUGCUGCCCUUGGCAGUCAUCUGCCUGUGCUACCUGCUGCUAGUGCGCUUCAUCUCGGACCGCCGCGCGGCGGGGGCCCAGGGCGGGGCCGUGGCGCCCGGGAGAGGCCUGGCUGAGGCCAGCGCCCGCAGACGGUCCAAGGUCACCAAGUCCGUGACCAUCGUGGUCCUGUCCUUCUUCCUGUGCUGGCUGCCCAACCAGAUGGUCACCGCCUGGGGCAUCCUCAUCAAGUUCGACGCCGUGCCCUUCAGCCACGAGUACUUUCUCUUCCACCAGUACGCGCACCCGCUGAGCGUAUGCCUGGCUCACUGCAACAGCUGCCUUAACCCGGUCCUCUACUGCCUGGUGCGCCGCGAGUUCCGCAAGGCGCUCAAGAGCCUGCUGUGGCGCAUCGCGUCGCCCUCGCUCACCGGCACGCGGCCCUUCACCGCCACCACCAAGCCGGAGCCUGAGGAGCAGGGGCUGCAGGCCUUGGCGCCGCUCCGUGUGGCCGCCGAGCCCGACCUGCUCUACUACCCUCCAGGCGUGGUGGUCUACAGCGGGGGUCGCGGCGACCUGCUGCCCAACAGCGCCGCCUACGAACACGGCGGAGGCUGA